UUGAAUUUUGUACAAAGUCUCCGUUCGAAAACAUUUUGCUUGAAACUCAAACAAUUGUAAGGGAAAAAGACGGAUAAAGUGUAAUGGAUUCCAACGGAUGCAGAGCCUCAAAACGCCUUCUCUUCGACCGCCGCUACGGUUGGGUGAUUGAUGAAUGGAGAAACCCUUCCCACGAAGCUCUAGCCGGUGGCCGAGGAAUGUUUUGCAUAGUGCCCCUGGCGAAAACUCUGGUUAGCUCAGUCUCACAGAUGGUUAACGUUGCAGCAACAUCCACCGUUAAAGCUCUUGAAAAGCCGGAGCUUCUUUCACCUCAGGUACUACAAGCUGGUCUCCAUGAAAGGCUUGAGAAGUUCCUCGGUGGCUUGCAGAAAGCAAAUUCUCCUUCCCUUCCCACUACAUUGCAUCUACAUGAUGAAAGAAUGGAUCGGAGAUAGCUGAAUGAAAAUUGAUCCUCACUCGCUUGAGAGAUUAAG